UUUAAAUUCUACACACUACACACACUAGCAACAGGAGCCGCUGCCGCCGCAAUCCGGAGUGGUUUGGAUCGCAGGUUGCAGGACUCUGGGGCUGAAUGAAAGCGCCUGAUUUUCUUCAUUAGUUUAAUCGACCGCUUCAGCGUGUUGACAGAGGAAAUGGAGCAAUAGCGUUUGCACAGAGAGGCCGACAGGAGAGGAACUGGCCCACCUUCAGCACUGAGGUGAAGGUUUGAGAAGAGCAGGGAACUAUGAGCGCGGACGCCGACCAGGAGGUGGUGACGACCCCUCCCCCGCCCCGCACGGGCCGCAAGGAGAGCUACUUCGACCACAUCAAUGAGAAUGAUCCGGCGUACCUGCGCGACAGGAACAUGUCGCCAGACCUGAGGCAGGACUUCAACAUGAUGGAGCAGAAGAAACGGGUCACCCAGAUCCUGCAGAGUCCGGCCUUCAGGGAUGAGCUGGAGAGCCUCAUUCAGGAGCAAAGGAGAAAGGGCAACGACCCCGCGGGUCUGCUGGCCCUGCGUCAGAUCGCGGACUUCUUCACCGCCAGCACCGUGGCCGGCUUCUCCACCUCUCCCCUCAGCCUUGGGAUGGUUACUCCAAUCAACGACAUGUUUGGAAUUGAGUCUUCCACACUGGCCAAGGGGGAGAAGCAGCUUCGCUGCAAACUGGCCAGCUUGUACAGACUGGUAGACCUGUUCAGCUGGGCACACUUCGCCAGCUCUUACAUCACAGUCCGGGUUAGCAAAGAACAAGAUCAUAUCCUCAUCAUUCCAAGAGGCUUGUCUUUUGCUGAAGCCACAGCUUCAAAUUUGGUGAAGGUGAACAUUCUCGGGGACGUUGUGGAGCAGGGCUCCACCACCCUGAGCGUGGACCGGUUCGGCUUCAGUCCGCACGCGGCCGUGUACUCCAUGCGCCCGGACGUGCGGUGUGUCAUUCACAUCCACACGCCCGCCACCGCCGCUGUCUCCUCCAUGAAAUGUGGACUCCUGCCGAUCUCCCAAGAGGCCCUGAUCCUCGGAGACAUCGCCUACCACAACUACCAAGGCUGCUUGGAUGAGCAGGAGCAGAGGGCCGAGCUUCAGAAAGCGCUGGGCCCGUCCAUCAAGGUUCUGGUCCUCAGGAACCAUGGUGUGGUCGCGCUUGGCGAAACCAUUGAAGAGGCCUUCCAUUACAUUUACAAUGCCCAGCUGGCAUGUGAAAUUCAGGUAAACGCCCUGUCGUGCGCCGGCGGAGUGGACAACCUCAUAGUGCUGGACCUGGAGAAGUACAAGCCGGUCACCCAGGGCGUGGCCGUGGCGGGGGUCAGCAUGGGCGGCCAGCACAAGUGGAAGGUGGGCGAGCUGGAGUUCGAGUCCCUCAUGCGGAUGCUGGACAACCUGGGCUACAGGACGGGGUACGCCUACAGGCACCCCAUCGUGAGGGAGAAGCCCCGGCACAAGAGCGAGGUGGAGAUCCCGGCCACGGUGACGGCGUUCAUGCUGGAGGACGACGAGGCCGGGCCGCGCUCGCCGCUGCGGUUCCUGACGCAGAGGCAGCAGCGGGAGAAGACACGCUGGCUCAACUCGCCCAACAGCUACACCAAGGUCAGCGUGCCGGAGCCGUCCCAGAACGGAGAGAGCAGCCCCCGGACCAAGACCACGUGGAUGAAGGCGGAGGAUGCAGGCAACACCAGUGGCACCCCAAUCAGGAUCGAGGACCCCAAUCAGUUCGUGCCGCUGAACACCGAUCCCAGCGAGGUUCUGGAAAAGAGGAACAGGAUCAGAGAGCAGAACCGGUUUGACCUCAUGACAGCCGGACCCCAGUCACAGGUUCUGGCUGGGAUUGUAGUGGACAAGAAACCAGGACCUGUCCUCGUAACGGAAGCGGCCUUCAUAUUUCCAGAGGAGGACCAGGUGGCCCUGCCUCCCAACCCCUUCAGCCAGCUGUCUGAGGGCGAGCUGGAGCAGUACAAGCAGACCGUGGAGCGCCGGCAGCUAGGCAUCGAGGAUGCGGAUCACGAGCUAACCUCCGACGACGGCUCCACUCUCUCUCAGUCUCUGUCCCAAACGCAGUCUCCGCAAAUAACUCCAGCCGCAGAAGGUAUCGGCCCCCGAGAAGCGAUCCCUCCCCUCGAAAACCAUGCGGACAUCCUGCUGAACGGCAAAGACUUCCUGCAUGACGUGGGUGAGGACCUGAGCAAGCGCAUCAGCCAACUGACCACCAGCACGGCCGACAGCGUGGAGAUCACGCUCAAGCCCGGGGAGAAGAUCGAGGAGGCGCUCUCCCCGGAGAGCUCCCCCUCCAAGUCCCCCACCAAGAAGAAGAAGCUCUUCCGCACCCCGUCCUUCCUCAAGAAGAGCAAAAAGAAGGAGAAGACCGAGGCGUAACAAACAGCGUCUGCGCAAACCGUUCUGUUCAGGACUGCUGGCCUCAAAAUGUGGGCUUUCGGUGUGCGGUGGGGGAAUUUCAGUUGUUGAGCCAAAAGAAAGAUGAGACAAGCCCUGGAGAACUGGAUCUUUUAUAGUAUUUCCAGACUUUUCCACCAAGCACUCAUCAUGAAUUAUGAAAUCAUACUUUUUUUCCCCUUAUAUAUUAUAUUUUUUGGUAUUGGUGGGUAAAAUAUGCAUUGGUUGUAUUUAACUGCACAACAGAGUUUGUUGGUGGGUGUUACCUUGUACAACUGCCCUUUUUAAUACAAGUGAUGGUGUUUUUAAUGAUCGUAUCCUUUCACUGGUCUCAGGUCGCUUGAGAUGCUUCUGAACAGAUCAUUUCCGAAUCCAUAUUUAACCGCUGUCAGGAUUAUGCUGUUAGCAGCAGUAAUUGCCACACUGGAAACUUCCUCUGAGUGAAACGGGAGGGUUUCUGAAAGGAGCAGAAGAUUAAAAUGUGAACUCAGUCAGGCCUUCACGCAUUGACCUGCCGGAAUGCCUGCGGUCGUGCUUUUUAGCGCAGCUGCCCGUUCUGCGGUCAUUGUUCAAUUCAGAGCCUUUUUUUUUCAAAGAACAGAUUCGUUCCAUUUAACAGUUCUUUUCAACCUUGCCAAAUACAAAGAAGAAUCAUGUUUUAGUGAAUAGUAAUCUCAGAAAUGUCAUCCUUUUUAGCUUAACAUUUAGAUUUUGAAAAUGUGAAAAUGCUCAUCUCACAUAACACAAAAAACUUUUUUUUUAUUAUCAUAACUUAAAUAUAUUAGUCCAAUCAGUUUUAUAAUCAUUUUUGUACUUUUCAAGAGAAUGCAAAUGUCAAGUUUGUUUUGCAUAAAAUCUAAAUUGCAAAAAUCUUGAUCAAUUAGUGAUGCCAGGUUUCUCAGAUUCUGUGGUUAGAUGUGUUGUAGAUCAGAUCAUUAAAACAUUUAAAAAUGAUGCAUAAAAACAGGACUAAGUGAUUUGCUCAUUUUUCAUUGCUGUACCCAUAACAAAAGGAAAUGUCACCAAAUGAAGGACAAUACAAGCCAAAGGGAAAGCAGUCUUGGGUAUUUUAAACAUCGUAGGUCUUUGAAAGUUUUGUUGAACAAAGGUUUGUUUGCUUUUUUUGAAUACACUGAAGUAUGUAUUUCUAGGUUAUAAACGAAACGUGGAGUUACAAAAAUAUAUUUUCUAAAAAGAGGUCAUUUGGAAUGAGAGAAGUGGUGUUAGCAUCUUAGAGUUUGAGCCAUGUACCUUUCUAUUUUCUCAGUCUUUUUCAAGCUCCAUUCAUGUGAAAAUAAAGGGCAUUAAUGCCCAAGUUGCCAACUUUCUGAAAAUAAGUUAUGAAUAAUGUCCUCAGAGGAGACGGUCAGGAUGUUUUUUGGCUUCAAAGAUACCUUGGCCAGCUCCACUAGCUGAAAAAGUUUGGAAACAGAUCUUAAGUGAGAUGGAGAAGGCUGAUUGCCUGGCCUGUUGAACCCCUCAGGUACUGUACUGACUGCAAAUGAACAUUACAGAUAGAAGAUUGAUUCAUUCUCUUCUAUAAUGCACAUAAAGUUUUAAAUACCAUAUUUACAUUAAUUUUGGGGAUUUCGGAUUUGUGUAAAUAAAAGAAUGGGUUUCUGAACAAAAUCUUAGAUUUGGGAGCCGCAUAAAAGAAGGCGUGUGCACCUCUAACAUGUAACAUGCAGAGAAAUAUGAUUUUGACUUAAACUUUGAGAAAACGCAAAUAUAUAAACAUUCUCUAACGUAACGUCAGAAAGAAUUAUCAGACAGUCCCCAAAUGAUGGCACACACACAGGCCGAACUUUACAAUGUUUGAGUUUGUCCCUUUCGACAGAAACUUUGGGACUGUUCACUGUUGAGUUGGAAGCAUGACCAGCAUCUCAGUCAUCCAUGUGUCACUUAGCUAACGUCCGACCAAGCAUGUAAAUAUUUGCCCAUAAAGGAGUGUAAAAUUAAACCUAUUUUGUUCUUGAACAGUUGCCCAUGCGGUGCUGUUGUGUCCAUCUCAGCGUGCCCAUUGGAGCUCAUUACCUUCAUUGUUCCCUGGAAACAUGGGUCUUUAUUUUCUUCAUUUUCCACUUAUACUGUGCCAUUUAUAUUUUAAUAAGUUUUACCUGUCCUUUUGGUUUUUGUCUAUUUUGCUUUGUUUUUUUCAAAAUAUGGAUCUUGUAAGUAAGCACAAAUUUGACUAUGAGCAAAAUCUUGAAUGCAGAAAUGUACUUCUGUGUGUUCCAAACAGUAAGCACCGGAUACCUAUAUCCCAGCUAGCAAUGUGAACCGAAAGGAGAGGCACAUUAAAACGUUGUAAAUAGCAUGUGAGUCGUUGGGCCAAGUCUGGAAAAGAAAGUUGCUGUAGAAGGGCAUGAGUCUGAAAGAGGAGAGAACCUGAUAUUAACUCAUACUGGACAGGCCUUGCCCUCUGGCAACAUCAUGUUUUAACCCUGUACAUUUUCAUGCUUUUCUCUUCAAAUGUCAUUUUAACUUUUUUGGUUUUCUUUUUCAUUGAUCAUAUUACAGUAUUGUUUGAAAGUUGGUUUACUAAGCACUAAGUUUUUUUUAUUAUCUUUAAAGAGCAUAACCUAAUCUAAAAUGUUAUGCAAUGCUGUUUUUCUCUCUCU